AUGGCGGCCACUAAUUUUGAAAUUCAUCAAUAUCACAAAAUUCGUCGUUGUGCAGCUGCCUUAUGUGUAGUAGAACUUCUAGAGGAAAACAAAAGAAGUUGGACAAGAGGAAAAACAAGACCAUGGAUGAAGAAAAGAAAAGAAAAGGGCUAUUUUACCAACAUUGUUAAGGAAUUAAGAAUGGAGGAUACCGCAGGAUAUAAAGAAAUGAUGCGAAUGAGCUAUGACAACUUUCAAACGUUAUUACGAUAUAUUGAAAAAGACAUUACGCCGUGUCAGGUCUCUGGUGGUCACAAAGUAAUCACAGCUGCAGAAAGAUUAACAUUGACCAUACGUUUUUUGGCCACUGGGGAAUCAUAUAGAUCAUUAAGUUUUCAGUUUCGAAUAUCAAGAUCUGCAAUUUCAUAUAUUGUAAAAAAUGUUUGUGAUGCUAUAAACGAUCAUGUUCAACCAGAUUAUAUGAAAGUGCCAUCCAAAAAGCGAGAAUGGUUGCAUAUUGCCAAAAAAUUUAAUGAGAAGUGGCAGUACCCUCAUUGCCUUGGAGCCAUUGAUGGCAAACAUGUAGUUGUACAACAACCACCAAAUUCAGGCUCCUACUUCUACAAUUACAAGCACACUCAUUCUAUAGUUGUCCUUGCUGUAGCAGGACCUGAUUAUGAGUGUUUGUAUGCAGACAUUGGCACAAAUGGUCGUGUAUCCGAUGGCGGAAUAUGGAAUAAAUGUGGAUUAGCAUUGGCUAUUGAGGACAAUAAAUUAUCCUUACCAAGUCCUGAAUAUCUUGCCGGAUGUUCAGAGUGUUUACCUUUUGUUUUAGUGGGUGAUGAUGCAUUUGCUCUGAAACUGUACUUUAUGAAACCAUACCCCUAA